AUGGAUCCUUAUAACAGUCAACAUACUGUUUCGUUUAGUAACUAUGAAGAUAGUCCAGGAACAGAAGCCUCAAACUUUGAUGGAGCCACGACUGCAAGGAAAAGUGUACGUCGGAAAUGGACUCCAAAUGAUGAUAUUGUCCUGAUCAGCUCGUGGUUAAACACGAGCAAAGAUCCUGUGGUUGGUAACGAGCAAAAAUCUGUAGCUUUUUGGACAAGAAUUGCCGCAUUUUUUGCGGCAAGUCCUCUGGUUGCUGGCUGCGAAGAGAGGGAGGCUAAACAUUGCAAGCAGCGAUGGCAUAGGAUAAACGAACUUGUGUGCAAGUUCUGUGGUGCUUAUGAAGCUGCUACUAGGGAGAAAGCUAGCGGCCAGAACGAGAACGAUGUUCUGAAGCUUGCACAUACAAUUUUUUACAACAACCACAAGAAGAGAUUCAAUCUGGAACACGCUUGGAAAGAACUACGCAACGACCAGAAGUGGUGUGAUGUUGCUACUGCUAAAGGGAGCUCGAAGAAGAGGAAGGGUGAGGAAGAAGAGGAAGUGGAUGGGUUUCAGUCAACGGAGAGCAAGCGUCCCCCUGGUGUGAAGGCCGCAAAGGCAAGUGGUAAGAAGAAGGUGGUAAUAGAAAAAAAUCUGGAUGAGUUUCAGUCAAUGUGGACGAUCAGAGAGAAGGACAUAGCCGCGAAAGAGAGGUUGUCUAAGAUGAUAAUGCUUGAGAGCCUAAUAGGAAAAACAGAGCCUCUAGCAGAUUAUGAAGAAACACUGAAGAAGAAGCUCAUAGAUGAGUUGUGGUCAUAG